AUGGAUGUUGGUCCUCGGGGGCCGUCCCAGGAGGCAUUCACGGCUGCGCGGAUUGCGGCCAUCGAGGAGGAGGUCAAUGCGAUCAAGGCCGACGAGACCAAGGUGCUUGGGUCGGGUAAGCAGCUGGCGUCCGAGGGGUGGAUCCUCGGGUAUGAGGCGCGCAAGAACGACGGGAACCCGAUGUCGGACAAGGUGGAGACCGGCGAGUUCCACCACCUCGAGUUCUACGUCGGCGACGCGCUGACGGUGAUGAAGCGGUUCCGGGCCGGGCUCGGGAUGCGGCUGGUGGCGCGGUCGGACCGCAACACCAGCAACUUUGAGUACUCGUCGUACAUUCUCGAGUCGGAGAACCUGCGGUUUGUCAUCACGUCGCCGGCGUCGCCGCACGGCGCGCUCAUUGCCCGCCGCGAGGGCAAGUCGACGGCGGUUCCGGACCCGGACUACAACGGCGUCGAGGCCGCCGAGUUCUUCACCAAGCACGGUCUCGCCGUCCGCGCCAUCGCUGUCACCACGCCCGACGCCACGGUGGCGUUUGAGACUGCGGUCGCCAACGGCGGCAUCCCGGUCCGCCGCCCGCGGACCUUUGCCAACGGCGUCACGGUCUCCGAGAUCCAGGCAUACGGCGACGUGGUCAUGCGCUUUGUCUCGGGCGCCGACGACGGCUCGUACCUGCCCGACUACGAGGCCGUCAACGACGACGCCAGCCGCAAGACGUUUGGUCUCUACCGGUUCGACCACGUGGUUGGCAACGUCUUCUCGUGCAAGGAGACCUUUGAGUACUUUAACAACGUCCUCGGCUGGCACCGAUUUGCCGAGUUCUCGACCGAGGACGUUGGCACCAAGAAGUCGGGCAUCAACUCGAUCGUCAUUGCCAACAACGCCGAGACCAUCCUCCUUCCCAUCAACGAGCCCAUGUACGGCACCCCGUCCAAGUCGCAGAUCACCAUCUUCCUCGAGCAGAUGGGCGGCGCAGGCGUCCAGCACCUCGCCCUCAAGACCGGCGAUGUCUUUGCCACCUUUGACGCCAUGAACGCUGCUUCGGACAUCGGCUUUGAGUUCCUCCCGCCGCCGCCCGAGGUCGUUCACGAGGGCCGCAAGGUCGACUACUACACCUGGGCAGCCUCGCGUGUCGGCGACUCGCUCUCGGCUGAGGACAUCGCCAUGUGCAAGGAGCGCGGCAUCCUCAUUGACAUCCACCCGGACGAGGGCAUCCUCCUCCAGAUCUUCACCAAGCCGCUCGGCACCCGCCCCACCAUCUUUAUCGAGAUCCUCGAGCGCCGCUGCUUCAUCCGCAAGGACGGCUCGUCCAAGGACCCUAACGUCGACGACAUCGAGCUCGACCCGCUCGCCCUCGACUCCAUCGACAAGUCGGCCUGUGCCCAGUUUGGCGCCGGUAACUUUAAGAAGCUUUACGAGACCGUCGAGGCCGACAUGGGCGACCUCAGCUAGAUGCGGCCUGGUCUGCCUCGGCAAGCGCCACAUCGACUAGUGCUCCUCCUCCUCCUCCUCGUCCUUGUCGUCGUCGCCGGCAUUUGCAGUAAAUCAUCAGGUCUGACCCGACA